AUGCAGGAGGAGGAAGGGAGGCAAAAGGUGAUGGAGCAGCAGCAGCAGGAGGUGGAAGAAGAGCAGGAGGAGGUGGUGAUGGAUAAGCAACAGGAGGAGGAGGUGAUGGAGAAGGAGGAGGAGGAGGAGGAGGUGAUGGAGAAGGAGGAGGAGGAGGAGGAUACGCAGGAUGAAGAUUGGAAUAUGGAGGAGGAGGAGGAUGAGAGGGAGGAGGAUGAAGAGAAGGAGGAGGAGCCAUGGGAUGAGGCGGCUGGAGAAGAUAAGGAUAGAGAUAGAGAGGUCAAUAUAUUUGCAUACAGCAAACGCAGGAUCGAAAUAAGGAGAAAAUAUGCAAGUCAGAGGAAGCCAAAAAGAAAACCAUCAGAUCAGGAUCAGUCACCUGACCAAGUUCCUUCACAGCCAUCCCCUACAUCUUCUGAGUUGGAGUGUGGGCAAAAGUGGCCAAACGAGCAGCUUCAAUUAGAUGAGCCCAACAGGAAAGAAGCUGAGCAUAAAGCAAAGAGGACGAGGAAGUGGUCAGACUCGGAGGAAAGCAGUGAGCUGUCCCAAGAACUUUUGGACUCAGGGAGAGGCGGGAAUUAUGUCUACCAUGUGAGAGAAGACGGCACAGUAGUGAAAGAGUUUCUCAGUCAAGUAGCGAGCCUAAGUGUUGAAAAAACUGUAGAUGCAGAAAUAAAAAGCAGGGAUGAUAAGAUACAGGAAUUAGACGAAAUGGUCAAAAGAAUGCAACGUGAGAUCGAUGAAAAAGCUGGAGCAUUAGAGAGUCUUCAAGAAAGAAACAACAAGAAACAAGCAGAAAUAGAAAGAGUCAGGCAUCGGGAACAAUAUUACAGAUCUAAGUAUGCAAAUUUAGAACAACAGUUGGAGCCACCGCAGCAGCAUCAGCCAGGAACUACAGAUGAAACCGAAGACCUCAGGAAACAAGUGAUAGAACUUUAA